CUCAAGGUGUUGUGGGAUGACGCGCCGCCCGAGUUUGCCCACUACUGCGCGCCACAGCGAGAGUGCCAGAAUGCCGCCCUUCUCCAGAAGAUGGAGACGGCCGUGGAGCAGGCCGCUGCCGCCUCUCGUCCGAUCCUGGUCAACGCCAACCUAAAGGCCCUGCAUGACGCCCUAGACAACCAGGCCGCAUCUCUGACGAGAAGCGAACUUCCCACCGGCUUAAGCCGUCGCCUGAGACCACCGGUUCUCACAGUCGACAAAACCGACGCGCUUCAUCGCUCCCGGAAAGGAAUACACGGCCAUCGUCUACGAGUACGUCGACGAGGGCGAAAAGACCCGGCCGCCGUGCAGGAAGUAUUGAUCUUUUCUUGGCUCGCCGAAUUUGGCGGAACGCUCCGCAGCUGGCCCAGAAUUGGGAGAGCAGUGUGCUCAUCGACCUGUGCGACAUUGCGCCCCCGCGCGGAUAUGGCUGGCAUGGACAGCUAUACAGGCGAGCAUCGGCAAGCCAGCUGCUGGUACUCUCGGUAGAUGUAGCGGAUCUGCCACCUGUUGGACAUUUGCCGCCGCACAAUUGCCGUCUCUUCCACCUAGUCAUCGUUAUAACCUGCGCCGGCGGGACUAACACAAUCGCCCACCUGAUGCAACCGCCAGAAGAGCAGGAGUAUGACCGGCACUUGGCUCGUUUCCCACGACACCCCCCCACCCCGAAAUCAAGCGAUAGGCAGAUACUCAAGCACUAGCGUUCAAGACCGAGCUG